AUGGCCGCCGCCGAGUAUGGCCAGCAUGCGCCUAGCCUCCUGAUGGCCGCCGGGCCUGGUGGCAGCCAGCGCGAGGAUGCGCAUGCGAUGGUGCCCCGGAAGCCUACGGCGAGCUUCCAGGAGAUCCUCGAGAAGGCCAUCGCGCUCAAGAUCGUGCACCCGAGCGCGCUCUCCAACUACGUUACGAGCGCGACCGCCGUCAUGACCUCCGUGGCGCCAAGCACCGUCAUGAGCCGCAUGGCGCAGACGAACGGACCGGCCCAGGGCGGUGCGGACAAGAAUAAUCUUCCCGUUGUGUCACCGGACGAGCUGACGAUCGCGCCGACCUUCAACACGCAGCGCGUGCCCGUGAACCAGAACCGCAUGGAGUUUGUCGACUUUAAGCAACUCUCGUCCGCGCUCAAGCGGCUCGCCAUGCACUGUGGCUUUGAGAUCCGCGUCAAGUACUCGUCCAAGCGCAACAAGCGCUGGGAGUGUCGCGAGCCAGGGUGCACGUUCAUCUUAAGCGGGUACAAAAACAAGGACGACCGAGUCCAUGUGACGGACAUUGAACUAUCGCACAACCACGCGGGCGUCGUGGCCGAGCCCGUCGACGCGCAUGACUCGGAAGGCACGGGCGACGAGACGAACAAUGGCGAGACGCGCCCGCACGAGUCGCGGCUCACCCGCAACACGACGCUCUCGAACGAGCUCGUGCUCGCCGGCGUCUUUGACUCGGACGUCGGCCAGUCGAUCAUUCUAAAGGACCCGGAGGAGCUGAAGCUCAAGGACAUCCAGGGCAUUUUACUGAGUCAGUUCGGGUCCCAAAUCUCGGCCUCCAUGGCGUCCCGCGCCAAGCGCAAGCUCGUCGAAAUGUUCUACGAGACGUCCAACUUGAGCUACCAGCAGCUGCGGCCGUUCUUUGAGAAGGUCGUGACCGCCAACCCCGGCAGCUUCUACGUCAUGGACCACGUCCCCAACCCCCACGACGGUUCGGGCGUCUACGAGUACGGCCGGUGCCUCCUCGGCAUUGGGGCUGCGAUCCGAUUCCUCAAGGACUGUGCGCCGGUCCUCGCCCUCGAGGCCUGUGCCAUGAACACGGAAAUGCACAAGUCGGGCAUCCUCCUUGUGCUGAGUACGCGCGACUACAACAGCGACGUCAUCUACCUCGCGCUCGCCCACGUGCCUGCGGACGACUACGUCAACUGGGUCUGGUUCCUCGAGCGGCUCAAGGCCAACGGCGUGCCGACGAUUGCCAACGUCACGUGCUUCGUCUCGAACGGCGCGCCCGACAUUGCGCGCGCCGUGAGCCACGUGUUUCCCGCGCAGCCGCACCGGUUCGUCGUCGAACACAUGAUCCCGCUCAUCGCGGCCGCGUCUCCGUCGCUCAACCGGCUCGGCCCCGAGGUCGAACACCUCAUCAAGCAAAUGGCAGCCAGUACCAACAUGGACCAAUACAUGGACUCGUUCCAGCUGCUCUGGCGGAUCGACAAGGAUCUCGGACGGUACCUCGAAGGCAUUCCCAAAGAACACUGGGUCGUGGCGGCCAUCCUCAACCGCGGGUGGCCGCUUCUGAACGAAGUUGUGCUCGUGCACUGCGUGGGCGAGUUUGGAUCGAGUCCGCUCGGGUCGCUGCUUCGGUCGUGCAACCUCGCGCCUUGCUUUUACCUCUUCCUCCUCUCGAUCCAGAAAACGCUCAUGAGCCGCGCGCUCACGGCCCGUGCGAUGCCCGACCGCGUCCUGCUCCCCGCGCAGCAGAACAUUUUGCUCAAGCGCACGGUCGAGAGCGGACGGUACGAGAUUCAAGAGUGCCGGCCGCAAGAAGUGUACUUUGCCCAGUACCACACCGUGAGCACGACCUCGACCGCGUUCAAGCUCGUCAACAUCGUCGGCCGCACGUGCACGUGUGGCGAGUGGCAGCAAAACCACAUCCCGUGCCUCCACGCGAUCGCCGUGCUCAACUGCCUCUCCAAGAACGUCCUCGAGUACGUCAACGAGUGGUACUUUACCACGUACCACAAGGCUAUGUAUGCCCGGGCGGCGCCGGUCGUGCCCGUGCCGCCCAUCGAUCUCAAACCCGAUUUGACGCUCAAGGCGCCGGCUCGGAUCCUCGCACAGCUCCAAGAAGCCCUCAACGCCGCCGCGCCACUCGACCCGUCGAUGCGCAGCAAGCCCGGGCCGCGCCCGCGCAAGCGCAAGGACAUGUCGGCGUCCAUGACACACUAA